CGUCUUUUUAAAAUGGUUCACGAAUUUGAACACAAAGUUGCGGAUUACGGCCUCUGCUCUUCAUACAUCAAGACCGAAACACCGAGAAUGAUACGCAUCGCACCAGCUCCAGAGAUGAAGUAUUCAAAUGUGGAUAUGCAAGACUUUGAACAAAAAAAAUAUAACUAUAAAACCAGCCCAUACUCGGGCGCUCAAGCUGCUUCAAUAGCCCGAAGAAACGCCAGGGAAAGGAACCGAGUGAAACAAGUGAACGACGGAUUUAAUGCGCUGCGGAAGAGACUGCCGGCAGCCGUUGUAGCUGCACUGUCGGGCGGCGCUCGACGUGGCUCCGGAAAGAAACUCAGCAAAGUAGACACACUCAGAAUGGUGGUCGAAUACAUUAAGCACUUGCAACAGAUCUUGGAUGAAAGCGACGCCGCUUUGGGCAUCAAAAGAGACACGCCAGCAACUUCUAUGGAGUUACCUUACGAUGUCGAUGAAGGUAUUUUCGCGGGUCGCAGUUCACCUUAUUCGGAGUCAGUGCCAUCACCAGCCGGGUCGGAUUGCUCUUCAGGUGUGUCAUCGUCGUAUUCGUCUGGCAACGCUCCGUGUUCCGAGUACACCACUCGCUAUCACCACGAUACGCAACACUUCAGUCCAAUGGAAGAGGACGAUCUUCUUGACGCAAUUACCUGGUGGCAACAAAAGUAAAGUUCUCUGUUUAUAUAAUAUACACUCAGAUCUAGUCAUAUAUUUAAGGAAUAAUGUAUAAUUAUUUAUUGAUGUAAAUAAAAAGGCUGUGAAUGAUCGUACCAGUAA